AUGGAAGUUCGACCGCCAACAGCAGCGCAGAUGAUACCUCCAGCGGGACAUCCAUCAGACCUUCAUCGGUUGCAGUACGUUACUGCCAGUGGUCUUACUUCUUAUAUUGGAAAUGCCGAAUUCAAGCUUUUGGAUGCACUACAAUCGAUAAAGAAAUCUGGACCGUACACUGCGGAUGACAUUCAAUCGGCUUUCAACAAGAUGAACGGACAUGGACCACAGACCACGUCCACUGCAGCCGGAAGCGACAGUAAGGGUUCAGAAGGACCUUUAUGGAUAGAUUAG